AUGCGAUGCGUAACCAAGAUGUAUCAAGUUCUUGUUGUCGUGCUAACUAUGUUCGUUAAGUCGACAGUUGUAGCUCAAGAAUUCUAUGAGAAGGAAAGGGACGCAUUGAUUCCAUUCCGGGACUCAAUGAAGGCCAGUUUAUAUUUACAUGGAAAUUGGACUGGUCCGCCUUGUCGGAAUAACAUGAGCAGGUGGAUGGGAAUUGGUUGUUCCAAUUCCCAUAUAACCCACUUAACUCUGGAAUCAAUAAACAUGACAGGAUCACUUCCUAUAGGUUUCUUGCAAAACAUUACUUUCUUAUCGACGCUAAGCUUUAACAACAAUUCCAUUUCCGGAGAUCUUCCAACCCUCACGAACCUAAUGUACCUAGAGUCUGUAAUCCUAUCUGGGAAUCACUUUUCGGGUCCUAUUCCAAGGGAUUACAUCAACCUUCCAAGGCUCACUACACUCGAACUUCAAGAAAACGAAAUAACAGGGGAAAUCCCGCCUUUUGAACAAGAAUCAUUGACUGCUCUCAACUUGUCAUACAAUAAACUUUAUGGAGCAAUCCCAGAUACAAAAGUUCUAGAACGAUUUGGGGAGAGUUCAUUUGAUCAUAAUCCGGGGUUGUGUGGAAAACCUCUGGAAAUAUCAUGUGACUCUCCUUCAAAACACAAGAAGAAAGCUCUAAAAAUAUGGAGUAUUGUGAUGAUUGCUGCUGCAGCUGCACUAGUGCCAUUUUUCUUAAUUUUACUUGUGUUUUGUUGUUACAGAAAAGCUCGACGAAAAAGUGUCAACAAAGAGGCCUCCGAGGAACAGCAGCUUCCUAAUCCAGGUGUUGCAAAGAAAAGUCAAUGGUCAGCGAGUACAGAUGAUCCUGAAAAAACAGUGGAUUUGGUGUUCUUCGACAAACAGAAACCCGUGUUUGACUUGGAUGUCUUGUUGAGGUCGUCUGCUGAGGUGCUUGGAAAGGGAAGUCUAGGUACCACCUACAAGGCAACUCUGGAAUCGGGUUUGGUUGUUGCUGUGAAGAGGGUUAAAGAAAUGGAUUCUUUGAGCAAGAAGGAAUUUGUUCAACAAAUGCAGCUGCUUGGGAAGUUGAGGCAUCAAAACCUUGUAGAAAUUAUCUCCUUCUACUACUCAGAAAAUGAGAAGUUGGUCGUUCAUGAAUUCAUUCAAGAUGGAAGCUUAUUCGAGUUAUUACAUGAAAGCAGAGGAAUUGGGAGAACGCCACUCAAUUGGAAAAUAAGGGUAGAAAUCAUGAAGGAUGUAGCAAAGGGUCUAAUUUUCUUGCAUCAAUCUCUAUCUUCUCAAAAAGUGCCUCAUGGAAACCUCAAAUCGUCAAAUGUACUAGUCUACUUUACGGGUGAAACCCCACACGCCAAGCUCACAGAUUUUGGCUACUUUCCACUGUUGCCAUCACAGAAGUCAAAACUGGCCAUAGGGAAAUGCCCCGAGAUCAUGGAUGGGAAGAAACUGACUCACAAAUCAGAUGUUUACUGUUUUGGAAUUUUACUUUUGGAGGUGAUCACAGGAAAAAUACCAGGAGAGAAUAAUCAUGGAGAUCUUUCGAGUUGGGUUAGAGGUGUUGCUAAUGCUGAUUGGUCAAUGGACAUAUUCGACUUGGAAAUAUUGUCAGAGAAAGAAGGACAGGAAGAUAUGUUUAAGCUUGCUGAGUUAGCCCUUGAAUGUACUGAUGAAGCACUUGACAAAAGGCCGACAAUAAAUCAAAUUUUAAACAGAUUAGAAGAGAUCCAACAUCCAGAAAUAGACAUUGAGUUUAACUAG